AUGUACAACGAGCGCGAGGUGACCUCCUCCCUGGUGCUCAAUAGGAGAAUGCUGAUCGAUUUUGACCGGCGGCAAGCUGGUGCUGUGGUGUACAAGGUGUCGAUCGGAGCAGCAUGUGCGCUGGAGUGGCCGUCGGAUCGCAUGGUGAUCCAGGUGCUUGACGACUCCACCGACCUCGUUGUAAAGGACUUGGUGAAGAUCGAGUGCCAAAGAUGGAAGAGCAAGGGCGUGAACAUCAGGUACGAGGUCAGACAGAACCGCAAGGGGUACAAGGCCGGCGCGCUCAAGGAAGGGUUGAUGCGCGACUACGUGCGGGAGUGCGAGUUCAUCGCCAUGUUCGACGCUGACUUCCAGCCCGAGUCUGAUUUCCUCCUGCGGACAAUCCCAUUCCUCGUGCACAACCCCGACAUCGCCCUCGUCCAGACUCGUUGGAAAUUCGUUAAUUCAGAUGAGUGUUUGUUGACAAGAUUCCAGGAGAUGUCACUGGACUACCAUUUCAAGUUUGAACAAGAGGCUGGAUCCAUAGUGUACUCGUUUUUUGGCUUCAAUGGGACAGCCGGUGUUUGGAGGAUCUCGGCGAUCAAUGAUGCCGGGGGGUGGAAGGAACGGACGACGGUGGAGGACAUGGACCUGGCUGUUCGCACGGCGCUGCUGGGCUUGAAGUUCGUGUAUGUUGGCGCCGUCAAAGUCAAGAGUGAGCUCCCAAGCACAUUCAAGGCAUACCGAUUUCAACAGCACAGGUGGUCAUGUGGACCAGCAAACCUGUUCAAGAAAAUGUUGGUAGAGAUUCUACAUAACAAGAAAGUGUCGUUUUGGAGCAAACUCCACCUGUUGUAUGACUUCUUCUUUGUUGGGAAGAUCACUGCUCAUACAGUGACAUUCAUCUACUAUUGCUUUGCGAUCCCGGUGUCUGUUUUCUUCCCUGAGAUUCAGAUACCUCUCUGGGGCGUGGUCUACGUUCCAACUGUUAUCACCCUCUGCAAGGCUCUUGGAUCACCAAGUUCAUUUCAUUUGGUGAUCCUCUGGGUCCUCUUUGAUAAUGUGAUGUCAUUGCACCGGAUAAAAGCCACAAUAACUGGUCUUCUCGACGCUAGACGAGUCAAUGAGUGGGUUGUCACUGAGAAAUUGGGAGAUGCCAACAAGACAGAGCCAGCCGUGGAAGGAUUAAAUGAUGUGCAAGUGAUAGAUGUUGAGCUAUCGACGCCCCUAGUACCAAAGCUCGAGAAGAGGCGAACACGAUUAUGGGACAAGUACAACUGCUCAGAGAUUUUUGUGGGAACCUGCAUAAUUAUAUGUGGUUGCUAUGACGUGCUUUACGCAAACAAAGGGUACUACAUCUACCUCUUCAUUCAAGGCCUAGCAUUCCUCGUCAUCGGUUUUGAGUACAUCGGCACACGCCCUCCCAGCGCCGAAUAA